AUGGGGUUCAGAAAAUUCACAGAUAUUCAAAAGUCCCUCUUCAUGAAGUUUGCGUGGAAGAUCAUGGUAGAGGACUCGCUGUGGUCUCAUUUUUUUAGAGCCAAGUACCUGAGACAGAAUCACAUCUCUUUGGUGGAUAGGGGAAAAGGCACUAGAUUCUGGAGAAUGGUGGCAUCAUGUAUCCCUGAGGUGUUAAAUCUUUCAAAAUGGAAGAUCAAAAAUGGUAACAUAUCCUUUUGGUUUGACAAGUGGCUGGAUGAGGGUCCUCUAUGUAAUCUGGUUCCUAUGGGUGAUUCCCCAAUUCUACAAGUUACAGAAUUGAAAAUGGAAAAUGGGUGGGAUGUUGUCAAACUACACGAUAUAGUAGGUGAGGAGCUUGCAGGAAAAGUGCUGGAAGUUUUAUGCAAAAGUAGAGAAGGGGUAGAUGUGCUGAUAUGGACAGCUAGUAAGGAUGGAAAGUUCUCCACGAAAAGUGCAUGGAAUUGUGUUAGAACUACUGCUCCUAAGGUAAGAUGGGCUGACUGGGUUUGGCAUCCUUGUAUUCCAAAGAAUAUUUCGGUUAAUAUGUGGAAAUUUUUUAAUAAUGCUUUAAGUGUGGAUGAUAGAAUAAAGUCCAUUGGUAUUCCACUAGCUUCAAAAUGUGACUGCUGUGUGCACGGUGCAUAUGAAAACAGAGACCAUGUGCUAGCAAAUGGAGACAUUGCAAAGGAGGUUUGGAGAAUAACAUAUGCACAGAUGGGUCUAGGAAGAACUACAGGUACCUCUUGGAACCAGAUAGUGGAGGAAUGGUUCUUUACAGCUUCUAAGACAUCACAGCUGGGACAUCUUCUCGGGAUUAUCCCGUCAAUUGUAACCUGGUCCCUAUGGCUAAGGCGUUGCAAGGCACGGGCGGAAGGAGUAAAAGAUUCGGCCAUCACGGUAUGGUAUAAUAUUAAAACAUGGAUUGGGAAGGUGGGAUAA